AAUUUUUUGUAAAUACCUAUUGUGUCUUUACUGUAUAUUCUUCUUUCUUAUCAUCACAACAAAGCAUGGAGUGCACGCCAACAUCAAUUGACGGCGUUGUGUACAAUCACUUUAUUAAGGCUAUUUUUGGUGAAUGCGUAUAUGGAUACAAAGAAACCCUCAGUCUACUGUUUGGAUAUGCUUCUAUUAUCAGUUGGCUAAAUGCUCAAUUACCUCAGGUGAUAGAGAACUAUAGGAGAAGCUCCGCAGAGUCACUGAGCUUAACCUUCCUUAUGAUAUGGUUGGCAGGGGACAUAUCCAAUCUGGUUGGCUGUCUAUUGACGGAUCAACUGGCUUUUCAAAAAUAUCUUGGAGUUUAUUUUGUAUGGAUCGAUUUAACGCUCUUGACUCAGUGGGUAUAUUAUAAGUACAUUUCACCACCACCCACCCUUGUACAUCUACCAGAAAACGCCAUCUCAGCAUAUGAUUAUCCCGACCUAAAGGUCCAAAAUCCGCAUAGCAACAUUAGACCAGUGUCAAUACCCAGAAACUAUAAUCACUCCCCCAGCAGUAGCAGAGCAGAGCAAAGUCCGUUACUUACAAUCUCCGACGAAGCUUUGAGCCCUCCGUAUUCGGCUUCUGCUUCGCCAAGCAAAUGGUACACCUUGGGUGACAUGACACCACAACGCACCCCCUCGCCACGUAUCGCCCUAUCAGCUAUUUUUAUGUUUUCUCUCAGGACGCAAGCCUCUUCUACCUUAACGACCACGCCGUUGAUCCACUCAGCAGCGUUACAAAUCGAUCACCUCAUGGUGGGCCGAUUUUUUGCCUGGCUGUGCGCCGGACUGUAUCUAGCUUCCCGUGUACCGCAGAUCCUCAAAAAUCAACAGAGAAAGUCCGUAGACGGUCUUUCCUCCGCGCUGUUCAUUUUCGCCGCUUUAGGGAACCUGACUUAUACCACUAGCAUUCUUUUAAGCUCCGCGAUGCAAAGCCGAGCAAAGUUCGUAGAAGCAUUACCUUACUUGCUAGGAAGUAUAGGGACGCUAGUGUUUGAUACUAUUAUAUUUAGUCAAUUUAUAUGGUAUAGAAGAAGAAGAAUAGACUCAGUGGGAGCCUAAGCAAAACGACGCCUGUGUUAAUUUGGG